CCAUCAAGGUUUCCUUCACUCAUAUAAAAGUGAAGCGGGAGACCGAAAUGUAUCAGUUCUCUUUUGCCAUCGGUUAGUGAUUGGACAGUGCCUGUUGGAAGUACAACACGCGGAAAUUGUAAAAGUGGGAAAAAGGCUGAAAAGCAGUUUAUAACCAUGUUGAAGUUUGCGAUUUUCUUUGCUUUGGCCCUUGUGGCAUCCGCCCAGCACGGCUACCAUAAUAAUCCACAGACAGCCGCUAUUAUCAGUGAACAGAGGUACUUGUCUGGUGAUGGAAAAUUUGGAGCUGCCUACACACAAGAGGAUGGCAUUGACUUUAAGGAAGAGACUGAUGCUGAUGGAAAUAGGCAUGGUUCCUACAGUUACAUUGACCCCACCGGGCAAAAGAGAACAAUUUCCUACACUGCGGGAAAAGAUGGAUUCCGUGCAAGUGGUGAUCACUUGCCUGUUGCUCCAGCUGCCCCGCCACAGCAUGCUCCUCAGCCACACUACCAGCCCCAGCCUCAGUACCAGCCCCAACCCUACACGCAACCUCAGCAGUACCACUCUGCCCGCAGUGAUGACUACGACGAUGGAUCCUACGACCCUCGCUACAAUGACCCAAGCUUCGGCCAGAGCGGAAACUUCCACCAAGCCCCACAAGCCCCUGUGCACCACCACCACCACGCACCUGCCGCAGUCCCAACACAUCCACCACUUCCCACCCACCCACCAAGUGUGCAGCAGCAAAUCCAGCAUGCUCACCAAUUCCACCAGAGCCUUCCCCAGCACCACCAGCAGCCAUCAAACUACCACACUACCCCACCACCACACCGUUUCCAGCCACCAGGCAAACUCUCCCUCAACCGCACACCCGACGGCUACAGCUAUUCCUUCAACAAGGUCUAGAUAUUACACAAAAUUCUAACUCUUUUUAAUUUUUUUCCCAAUUUUUUAAUUUAUAUGAUCUUCAUCUUAUAUUUUUCCCAUAUUAACACACUUCUUUUCUCCUUUCAAAAUUCAACUCCUUCUCCCUCUACUCUUCUAUUCUACUACGACCUCUUCCUUCCUUCAUCUUUACCUACCCCUCAAAAAAAAACAGCCGAAUCAUGCAGCAUAAAUUUUUGUGAUAAAAGAUCGCGCAGUUUUGAUAGAGCAAUAAUGGAAUUUGUUAUUGAUAUCUAUUCGUAUACUUGAUAUUAUCAACUCAGAGAGGACUGUGUGUAUGAACAAAUUUUACAUGAGAUAAAAAAAAGAAUCACGUGUAGAAACAAUAAAAAAGGAUGUGUACAGAAAAAAAAAACAAA